GUCCAUGGACAGUCGGAAGGUCCAUGGACAGUCGGAAGGUCCAUGGACAGUCGGAAGGUUCAUGGACAGUCGGAAGGUUCAUGGACAGUCGGAAGGUUCAUGGACAGUCGGAAGGUCCAUGGACAGUCGGAAGGUCCAUGGACAGUCGGAAGGUCCAUGGACAGUCGAAAGGUCCAUGGACAGUCGGAAGGUCCAUGGACAGUCGGAAGGUCCAUGGACAGUCGGAAGAAAAUUGCAUGAUGAUUUUGAAAUUUUUACCGUUAAAAAUUCUAAGAUGGAAAAUAAUAUUCUUCUCAUCGAUGACGAUGAAAAAGUUUUAUUUUCACACAUAAGAGCUGAAAAUAAGUUGACUUCCAGCGACACGAAAUAA